UCAAGUCAUGGCGUGUCUCUGCGCAUUCAGCAGAAGCUGUUCAGAUCCCUCCUGUAAUUCAAAUCGACCACCAUCCCAGCAUGCGCAACUGAUGGACACAUAUGGCGGAGAGCAAUGACUGAGGAUUUUGAUGAAGAAGUUGUGUUCGAGAACUCUCCACUGUUCCAGUAUUUGCAGGAUUUAGGACACACAGAUUUUGAGGCAUGUACUCCCGUUUCUCAAGAGGAGGAGCCCGGCACUGGAGGAGAGGAGGCUCCGUUUCCUCAGGAUAUCCUCCAGUCCCGUACAAGUGGUGUUUGGAGGCUGGUUGAUGCUCUGCGGGGUCUGAAUCCUCUACGUCGAGAUGGCGCCACCCACUGGCAAGAGCAGCAGCUGGAUUCUGCUUUCCGCCAGUCCUCUUUGCGAUGUCUGUUGUCUCAGGACGUCUUGCUGCAGGAGGACGUGGAACUGAUAGAGCUGCUGGACCCCAGUGUUCUCUCACUGGGCUCUGCUGAUACUGUCUGUCCCAGUGCUGCUGUGCCUGCGCCGCGCUGCCUCUCCACACUCUCUAUAUGGGACGUGUCUGUUCUGGUUGGGCUGCUGUCUGUCCUGCUCGGCUUGUGUUUUUCGUCCUCUGACCUCGAGCCAUCUCUGUGGGUGUGUGUGUGUCUGCUGUGUGUUUUAAGUGUGUGUCGUGGUCUGUGUCUGUGGCGUAAAGCUGAUAUUCAGCGUCGUGUUCAGUCUCUGGCCGUCCAGCUGGAGGAUCUGGUGAAUAACAGCAGAUCCCUGACCAGCCUGUCUCGCAAAUCACUGCGCCUCAUCCAGGAGACAGAGGUCAUUUCAAGAGGAUUCACACUGGUGAGUGGCGCCUGUCCCUUUAACAGGGCGGGGCAGCUUCGCAGUCAGCAACUGAUUGGUCUACGGAAGGCGGCCUAUCAGAGUCUUCGCUGCGCGUUCAGAGCCUCUCGUCUGGCCACAUGCGUCAUGCUCAAAUCAUUCCCGCUGAAUUCGGAGAUUGAUAACGUCACCAACUAUGUGUCUACGGUGCCGAUCAGAGAGCUGGGGCUCGGUCUGGGGGUCGAGCAUCUUUCUGAUGAACAGGCACAAGAACUGACCAAUGAUUACAGUCUACCUGCACUUAAGAUGUUGUUUCAGCUGUGGGUUGGUCAGAGCUCUGAGUUUUUCCGCCGAUUGGCUCUACUGUUGUCUCCGGGCCGAGAGGAGCAGGACUCCAGGCCAUGUCCCGUCUCCUACAGCAGCGUCCCGCUCAUCACCGACUCUCUGCACCGCUCUCUGUCCUCCUGUCUGGCUGAUCUGCAGCGCAGCUAUGAUUUCCAUCGCUACUUUGAGACGCAGCACCAGCCGAUGGCAUCAGGGCGACAUAGACGAGCUCAGCAGAAGUGCAGAGAGCUCAAUUCACUGCACACGUCUGUCCGCAGCCUACAGCUCCACCUCAAAACACUGCUCAACGAGGUGAUCAUUCUGGAGGAUGAUCUGGAGAAGCUGAUGGUGGCUCGGGAGUCAGACGAGGUGACGUGUGCAGGUUAUCAGGAGCUGAAGGAGCGUCUGCAGUUGCUCCAGCCACACAUGCAGGCCAGCAGCUGCUGUUGGGACGACACCAUCACGCAGGUGGAGCAAAUGCUGCGCCGAGUCUCCAGCUGCCCAGAGGGCUCAGAUCAGCCAGAGGAAACAGCCAUCCCAGAUCCAUCUCCUUCUGCCCCCAUUACACACAUACAGGACAGAGACCCCAUCCCAGAGGAACAGGAGUUGGAGGCGUAUGUGUCGGACUCAGACUCUGAUACGGAGUGGAGAGGAGGAUCUGACAUGUUUUCUCCAUGUGAACUGGAGCGCCAGCGUCGAGAACGCGAAGAGUCCAGGCGUGUUUUACUGGAGCUCAAGUCCGUCCUGGGGAUACGAACGUCAGAUGGAGAGAGAGACAAACGCAAACUUUUGCUGUUCAGUGAUCAGGCUGCUCUUGCUCCAUUUGCCAAGGACUCUUCAGAAAACGACACAAACUCUUUAGAUCCCGAAAUUUCAUUGGACUCGACGACCGCCACAAUCAACCACGUCUCCCCACUUGACGAACAAAAUAAAAACACCUCACAAACUGAAAUUCUGAACGCACAAGAGGAAGAAAACCAACCAGUGACUGAAUUCACCUGCGGAGAUUCAGACUUGUCUGCAGCAGCUAAAGAUGCCGCUGAAGAAGCUCCACAGGAAACACAGCUCUUCCAGUCGGAUGGGCUCAUAGACGCCGGGCAUGACGGGAUACAUCCGCUUUCAGCCCGAGUGCCUACAGUAUCAGUGAUGGACAGGUUGACUGAACUGCACGGCACAGAAGCGAUCAGUUUUAGCUCUGCUUUGGCUGCUCAGGUAGCGGCACGUUCACAUACGUUCACAAACAUGCAGGAAUGCACAUAUGAGGACUCGGACGAGGAAGAGGAAGUGACAUCACAGCAGACCAGAGAAAGUGAGGACGACUGAAAAGGCAGGUUAUUUAUUCUCAUCUAUUCGGUUUGGUAUUUAAUGAGUUUGAUUUCAGGUCACAGACAUCAUUGGAUGUAGCUGGUGUGUGUUUUGUUGUUUUCAAGUGUGUUUAUUUGUGUGUUUGGGGAAGUUUGUUAAAGUUCUGCUCCUCAUGGCUGCCCUCAGGUACAGACUGACACAUGCUGGUAUACAAAAAUACAGAGCAACAACUAGAUGUAUUCUAACAUAAAAAUACUCAAAAGUGCCUGACACUAACUCAAAAGUACCUGUC